GGCGGAGCCUGCGGUACACGAUCUGAUGGAUCACUGAAUCGGACAUAACCUUUUCCAGGUUAACGCAUGCCAGGAUUUACAACGCUGAAUCAGGCUGUUUGUACCUUCGCGGCUUCCGUAGUUCUGCGAACGUUUAGGGUCUUGAAUAAGCUUGUGGGGCUCAGUCGCUGGCAGGUAGCGGAAGGAUUAAGGAGGGGGUGCCGGCCCGGUUGGUAUUUCCAUAUUGUCGGCACUGCAGCGCAUACACAUCUCCCAAUUUAUAGGAGAGCGCGGUAUGUACUAAUAACGGUCAUUGGGCUGAGAGGAUGCGGCUCCUUCCCGGGUAUUCACGGCCUCCACUUCUUAAGCAGCACCAAACCCGCCCGGGUCACCGAGGGCUCCCCGCCACCUUGUGAUAGCAAGCCGGCAGCCCGCUCUGUUACCAGCCCCGGGGUCAUGACCUGCCAUCCAAUCGCCGCUGUCACCACCGAUCCAUUGUCGGCCCCAUUGUAACCCUCCGCUGAGAGAAAUAGGUCAAUGGUGAGAGAGAGACCGGGAGGGGAGAGUGAGCAGCGCCCGGCCCUGGCCUGGACAGCAUCAUAGUCAGCAGGAAGCGGCUCCUGGGCUGCAUGAGGAGACAUGGCCAACCAGCCUGUGAUCCUCAAUGUGUAUGACAUGUAUUGGAUCAAUGAAUAUACAUCGUCUCUUGGGAUUGGUGUCUUCCAUUCUGGCAUUCAGGUGUAUGGCAGAGAAUUUGCCUAUGGUGGUCAUCCCUACCCAUUCUCUGGAGUCUUUGAAAUUUCUCCUGGAGAUUCUACUGAAUUAGGAGACACGUUUAAAUUUAAGGAAGCAAUAGCCUUGGGGAGCACAGAUUUUACAGAGAAUGACAUUGAAAAAAUAGUAGAGGAGCUUGGAAAAGAAUUCAAAGGGAAUGCCUAUCAUCUCAUGCACAAAAACUGCAACCACUUCUCAUCUGCUUUGUCAGAGAUCCUAUGUGGAAAAGAGAUCCCUCGUUGGGUAAACAGGUUGGCAUACUUCAGUUCCUGCGUACCUUUUCUACAAAGUUGCCUACCUAAAGAAUGGUUGACACCUGCAGCCCUUCAGUCCAGUGUCAGUCAGGAGUUGCAGGAAGAACUGGAGGAGGCAGAGGAUGCAGCAGCCUCUGCCAGUGCAUCCACAUCAGCAAUGCCAAGACCAGGGCGGCACACCAAACUAUAGAUUUUUUUUUUUUCCUUUGGUUCACAGGGGACGUUAGUAUAAAGAAUUGUUUUUGCAAUUGUAUUAAAACUGACCUCCAGCAACUGACACUUGUAUCCAAAAGUGAAAUACACUCCCUCUUGCCACCAUGUUUGGAUUUGAGAACAUCUGUUCUUUUGCAGUCUUUUCAGCUCAGGAUCAUAUUUGUAUUCAAGAAAAUUAACAUGAUGGGACAAAAGAUACAAAAGCCACUUUGACAUAUCCUUUUACCAACCCAAAUAUUCUUUUGACAAUUUCUUCAUCACUGUCUUGCAUACAUUUAUAUACAUUUCGUAAAAAAAAAUAUAUUCCCCCCCCCCCCCCCCCCCCCCACAAUGCAGUGUUUUCAAUUGUUGCUGUUUACACCUCUUGUGACAAAUCCUGCCGCUGGCAAAGAUUGAAGGGAAAUCCAUUUUGGGUUUUUUCACUGCUGAUUUUAUAUUCAUUUUACCUCAAUUUUACUACUAGGUAAUGUUUCAGAAAAAAACAAAUCUUCAUCCAAUAGCACCCUGAUAAUGCAACAUCAUCUCCACUUGUGUGUGUGAAUGUGUUUGGCACAAGGACUUGGAUUAGUAUUUGAUUGGUAUUCUUCUGGGAAAUUCCUUUACAACAGUAGUAAGUCCACUCAACUGCAGAAUAGAAGAUGAUGUGCCUGUUGUCAAGGGAUGAGGAAAUGAUGCAGUGCACUUUUAACGGUUUACAUCUUGCUUCGUAUUGCCACCUAGCAUUGGUCACGGAUUCAUGAAUACCAUUUUUACACACACAAAAUACAAUGCAAUCGCUCCACACUUGUAAAGCAAGAUAUUGAUAGUAACCAAAUUUACUAGGAAGAAAAAUCCCUUGUUGAUCUGACAGAUUUGUUGUUCUCAUUUUGUUGUUUUUCAUAUUGUUGAAAGUUUGUGUUAAUUUGCCCCUGUUGAGGUUAGGCAUCAGACUUUGCUUUACUACAUCUUCAAAGGUUUGUUUACUUGCAGGUUGAGAUCUGUCAUAUGUUUGAGCAUCUGGCUCUCUGAUGUGGCUCAUCGGAGCUGCAACAUAAAAUAUUAAGUGCCCACCUUUGUCCAAUUAAUCUAUUGUGUGCUUUAUUUUUGCAUCAUAGAUAAAUGUUUUUGCUCCACCUUUUGGUAAUUGUUUUAGUCAUAUUAUUGUACUAUUUAUUACCACUCGAUCAGGGAUUUUGAAAACUUCCUGUCUCUGACUUACUAUAUUUGUAAUGAAGUAUCCUUACAUUUUGCAAACAUCACCUUGUCUGACAUGAGAUGAUUAAUAACCAGUCUGUUGGCAAAAGUCAUUUAUGGUCUUACUGACAUUUAUAAACGUGUAUUCUUUGAUCGUUUUGAAACGUAA